AAGUGGUGUGUUAGAUUCAGAGGAGGACGUUUUUGCUAGUUGUGGAUUGUUGUUUGUACUUCUGGAUUGGGCCUCAGAUUGCAAACCAUGCUCUCAACUUCGAGCCCCGGUCUCAGCACCCAGCUCCUCCUCAUCCUUGUCCCCGACUUCCAUCCCAGAAGACGUCUUCUUUAGCAGUUCACCGGAGGACAAGAGAAAUUUCUUGACUGAGAGCAACGAGUGCAGCAGUGAAGAGGACCUUUUAGACCUCUGCUCUUCUCUGAGAGAUUCAGAAUAUUUCAGAGACCUGCAACUUGGAUCCAUUGAACCACUAGACACACGACAUCCGGUUUUAAUUGCACCUGUUUCUGCCCCUUUGGUACCUCCAGCAUCCACACCAGAAAGUGGAUCUAGGCAGAAUUCCACAGAGUUCAACAACCAUCAACUUUUCCAGACAGACGACACUGUGAUUUCCACUGGAGGGGACGCCAUGGAUCGCUUGGUUGCUAUCAGAAACUCAGAACAGAAGGAAUUCCAGGAUUAUCCGGAAUCCGAUCAAGAUGAGGACUCAGACACGGAUAACUUUCCUAUAUUAGUUAGAUCCAUGUCCACGUCACGUAGACACAGCUGGGAAGUGCCAGUGUCACCGAUUGACCUGGGAAGAAGGUUCAGUCUAGACACUAACGGAAUUGACAGUGAUGGGGAAAGAGAGGUCCACUGUUUGGCCAAAAGUCCCCAUCUACCAUCUUCCUCCUUCUCCGAAAGCUCGGUGGAAGAAACCACUAGCGCUGUGGAAAGUGAAAUCCCCGAAACACCAAAGCCAACCACGCCAGCAAAGACAAUAUAUUCCAGAUCUGAUAUCGUUGCGACUGAUGAAAAAUCCCAAGCAGACAGAGUCUCCCACAUACUGGAGACUUCUAAGCAGGCUGCCAGAGAGGCUGGAGAAGAGCAGGAGUCAGAAGAGGGGCUGCAGUCAGUGGAAGGACGGAGUCAUGUAGCUAAACGCAGAACUUCAAGCACAGAAAGAAAGGAGGUGACAGGGAAUUUCACGUGGUACGAGUUUCUUGCCAUUAAAAAUGAUGAGGAAGAGGAGGACAGACCGGAGCGUCCGGAAAAAGGCACCAAAGUCAAGCGGACUCUGAGCUCACUGAGGAGCCGCGUGACCGGAUCCUUCAACAAAGACAAAGGUAAGACCCGAGACAAAGAGCAGCAGAAAGAGAAAAGCAGAGAGAGAGAGAAAUACAACGAGAAGGAGAAAGAGUUGCGCGAGCGUGUGAAAGUGCGGCGGCGCAGCGUGAGCGGCCACCAGCUCGUACCUGGCUCGUUCUCCACCUGGGCGACAUGUUCACUGUGCAGCAAGACCCUGCAGAGGAAGCAUGGCCUGCAGUGUUUAAACUGCGCCGUCAAUGUCCACAAGAGCUGCAAGAACCUGCUGCCCGAGUGCAGCAGCAAAAACAAGACAAAAGACUUGGCGCAGAAGACAUCAAACGCUGCGGCUCAGUCGCAUAGUCAAGCUCUGAGGGACCCCUGCUCUGCCCUGACCCCUGUCGAUGGCUCGUUCCGGACGUCUCGCUGUGCUUCAGGUAUGACCGUUCCACCCAAAGGACACAACGCCCAACCUGCCGCCUCCAGCAACCCUACGGUCAGCCACAACAACAGCAGCGGCUCUAUCACAGGAGAGAUGGAUGAGGUUGACGCAUUCAGGAUGAAGCGCCCCACUGACGACACCGUAUCUCUCGCCUCCACCACACCGGAGUCUCUCAUCAUUGAAGAUGCGUAUUACGCCACAGUACGAGGGGAACUGGAAGCCAUCGCGCAAGAUUUCGAGGUGGAGUCCUGGAGUCUGGCUGUGGAUCAGCACUUCUUGAAGAAACAUUCGAAGGAAAUGAUCAAGAGACAGGAUGUUAUAUACGAGCUCAUCCAGACGGAGAUACACCACGUGCGGACACUCAAGAUCAUGCUCCGCGUUUACGCUCGAGACCUGCGGGAGGCACUACAGCUGGAUGACAGGAAGCUGGACUGUCUGUUUCCCCGGCUGGACAGCCUGCUGGAGCUGCACAGCCUCUUCCUGUCCCGCCUCCGGGAGCGUCGCGCAGAAUCCCUGCAGCCGGGCAGCGAUCGCAACUAUGCCAUCCAUAAACUCUCAGAUAUCCUUAUAUCCCAGUUUUCCGGAGAGCUUGGAGAGCGAAUGAAGGAAAGUUAUGGGGAUUUCUGCAGUCGGCACACUGAAGCGGUCAACUACUACAAAGAGCAACUGCAGAGCAACAAGAAGUUCCAGAACCUCAUGAGAAAAAUCAGCAAUCUGCCAAUAGUGCGGCGGUUAGGCGUUCCAGAGUGUAUCUUGCUGGUGACGCAGCGAAUCACAAAGUAUCCUGUUCUUCUGGAGCGCAUCCUGCACAACACAGAAGCCGGGACAGAGGAACAUGAAGGAUUAGCACAGGCUCUCACUCUAAUCAAAGACGUCAUUGUUCAGGUGGAUGCCCAGGUCAGUCUCUAUGAGAAGGAAGCACGGCUCAGGGACAUCGGCUCCAAGGUGGAGCCCAAGUCCCUUGGGAAAAUCAAAGAUGGACGCGUUUUCCGGAAGGAGGACCUUUCUCAGGGGCGCCGCAAGCUCUUGUAUGAGGGCAUGGUCAACUGGAAAGCUGCAUCUGGUCGACUUAAAGAUAUUCUAGCUCUCCUUCUUACUGAUGUUAUCAUCUUGUUGCAAGAAAAGGACCAGAGAUACGUGUUCUCCACUGUGGACAACAAGCCAUCCGUUAUUUCACUGCAGAAGUUGAUCGUCCGUGAGGUGGCGCACGAGGAACGGGCCAUGUUCCUCAUCUGUGCCUCGUCAAACGAACCUGAGAUGUACGAAAUCCACACGGCCUCAAAAGAAGAUCGCAACACGUGGAUCACCCACAUCCGUCAGGCAGUGGAGAGCUGUCCACAUAUAGAAGAGAGAUUGUUUAGCGAGGAAGAGGAAGCCAGAGUCGCCCGGUUCCGAGAGUUUCAAGAUCGCCUGACGUUGAAGGACACUCAGAUUGUCCAGAGCCUCACAGAGAAGCUGCAGUUGUUUGCAGAGCUGGCUGAAUCUGUGGCCGGUUUAGAGGACGCCAGCUCUCGCUCCCGUCUGCUGCUGCGGGGCGAUGCCGUGGAACUCCAGCAGGGGGAGCAGCUGCUCAAAGGAGCCAUUACUGAAGUGGAGAACCUGCAGAACCUCCUUGCAUCUGGAGCUCGGGAAGCAUCUCCACAGACUGAGGGGAACCAGAGUCCGUCCUUGAGUUUGCUGCCACGCAGAGCGGACACCUUCGGCGGCUAUGAUAGCAUUCCUAGCAUACUGCCUAAGAACGGCAGUAUUAAGAAGAAGGUUGCCGGAGCGGCCGGCAGGUCCAGGGACAGGAGUCAACGGGCCAGCUCUGAUCCGCAGCUCAAAGAGGUGUACGCAUGUCAGGACCGGGAUGAGCUGGACGAGGCCUGUUCACCUGGCUUGCGCAAAAUGUGGUCCACCUGUAAAUUUCCAGAGUCAGAGUUCUAUGAGCGAGUGCUGCUGCUGUCCCAGAGGCUGUACAGUUUACAGGCCAUAAUCUCUCAGCAGGACAGCCACAUCGAGCUCCAGCGGGCCUCUCUCCUCACCGCCGAGCGGGACCGUCCCGGCAGCCGGAACCGUGGCACAGACGUGCUUCUGGAGCAGGAGAAGCAGCGCAACCUGGAGAAGCACCGCGAGGAGCUUGCCAACUUCCAACGGCUACAGAGCCAGCAUCGGCAGGAGCAGGCGCGCUGGGAACGGGAGCGGGAGAAGCAGCGGCGGCAGGCGGAGGCGGCCGAGCAGCGGCUGAAGGAGUGGGAGGAGGAGUGUCGGCGACUGGAGCUGCGUUUGUCCGAGGAGAGGCAGGAACUCGAGAGGCAGAGGCAGACGUAUCAGCAAGACCUGGAGAGGCUGAGAGAGUCCACACGUGUCGUUGAGAAAGAGAAAGAGCGAUUGGAGCAACAGAGGAAGUUGAAGAAGCACAACACGGUGCCAAAUACGACAGCGCUGUAUGCACAGGAAGUUGGACAGCUUUCCAGUUCCUCCAGCUUCAAUGGUGAGCUGCUGCUCAGCGGAGCUGGGGACCAGACACUUCCUCAAAAGUCGCACCUGCGGGCCUCUCUCUCCGCAUCCCCCGCCGACUACCCGGAGCGUCCCGAAGUCCAUUCGCGCCGCGAGAGCUCCUGCAGCACCCUACCGGCCAAGACAGAGGUUCCCAUCCAUCUCAUCAGCACCACAAACCAGCUGCACAAGCAGGGCAGCGUCCAGCAGCAGAUACCGACCAAACUCGCCGCCCUCAGCAAAGGCAAGGAGAAGAGCGGGAAGGGCAAGAGUUCGCACCGCACCGACAGUUGGGCUUCUGUUGACAUGAAGCAGAUGCUGCCCAUCAAGCUGUCAUCGAGGGAUUCGGACGGAGGUCACAAAGCACGCCGGCCCAUCAGCCCCCACCAACCUCAACAUUCGCACUCAGACAGAUCUCUUCCCUACAAUCUGGGCAAAGGAAUGCAGUCUGGAGUCUCAGUGCCAUUCGUUGGCAUUUCCACUAAAAACACCUGCCCGGGAAUGAAAGGAAUGAGGUUUCUGAAGCGGCUGGAAAUCGCUGUGGUUAAAAUCGACUGGGGCCGCGGUGAGCUGGGACGGGAUCCGUUUGCCAUGGUUACCCACCCGACUGACCUAAGGCUUGGUUUCCAGCGCGAGGUCCAUGUGAAUGAAGGAGGAAAAGCGUCUCCCCUCCCCCAGCAUUCCCAGGCCUCGUGGGGGGGAAACAUCGGCUGCAUUCCAGAGAACGCCGGAAGAUCUGAGGACGGAAAAACAGGGAACGAGUUACACAUGUUGAACUCCACAUGGUUCACCUACAAUCCUUCACAUUAG